CGAGUGGCUGCGACGGGAGUGGUAUCGUGCGGCCUUGUGGGGUGGCCGGCUGCAAGAACACCCCUCCUUUGAGCGAAUGCUGCUCCGGCGCACCGACGGCGCUCAGCCGCGCGACCGCGCGGCGUCGCUCGAACGCGAGAGCGUGGGUCGGCAACCCUCGUGUUGGCCGUGGCUCGAGGCGCCGCCCGCGCCAGUCCUGUACGUCGCCGGCGAGGAGGACGAAGCCUACUGCAAGGUGGCGACGAGGCUGGCCGAGCACUCCGGCGUCGCCGAGCCGGUGGAGCGGCGGCUUGUGCGGGUGGCGGUGCUGCCUGCUGCUGGCCACGCACUUCUCACCGAGGCCUCCGCGCCCGUCGCUGAGAUAUGCCACGCCUUCGCGAGCCAAGUGCUGCCACCGCCGCUUGUGCCGGCGUCGCCGCCGCUAUCGGAGGGCGUGCGGAUUCAAGCGCGUGGGCCGGAAGGCGUCGACGCGCUGUCUGCGCGUCUGCUGCCGUUCCGCUUGCCGCUGACGGCGCCGCUGCCGCUCGCGCGCGGACCUCCCCUCUCGGAACGCGCCGGCGUACUUCUACUUGUGGAAGGUAUGGCCGCGGACGGGAGGGCGGUGCGUGGUUUGGGGGAGGUGUGCCCGCUUCCCGGGUUCCAUAGCGAGAGCCUCGACGAGGCGGCGGCGCAGCUCCGUUCCGUCGCUCACCGGUUGCAAGGAGCUCUGCUGCCCUUUGCGGUCGCUCGGCUCGACGGCUCGAUGAGUGCUUGGCU